GGACUCCGCCUUCGGGCAACAUCCAACAAACCGAGCGUUGUUGGGUCGUUUUGUGCACAGGAGCUGGUGGAUGAUGAGUAGCUUCGGCGGCUUGCAGAGUGGAGGCGGCCUUAACUACACCGGUAUCGACUGUAUUGACGCAGGAGGAAACCUUACGAUCGUGAAGCAAGAACCGACAACGGUACACACACUAAUCUCCGCAGACAGCGGAACGAACGUAGGAGAAGGAGGCGGAACGAACAAUCAACAAUUCCAGCAGACCACCACCUUCAUGAUGGAUGCACUGAGCAGUAAUCCGAUGUUGACUACGGCCUCGAUGCCGAUACCGUCCCGCAAUAGCAGCCAUCAGCGUGUGAUGCAAUCGGAGCUGGAUUUUGCCAACGAGAUGGACCAGUUCCGCAAUUCCGGCCAGCUGUUGCACGACGUGAAUACGAUCGGGAUCGGUGGAGGCAAUGUUGGAUCGUUCCAGCCGGGCAGCCUUCCGACACAGCUGGACGGUAUGUUCCCGAACGGGUGGGACAAUAUGAUCCUGACGACGGAAGGUAUAGACCUUGGGCCGAUGAAUGUGGCCGGCCUGCAAGCGAUGGAUACGUGGAACAAUUUAAUUUCUCCCUCGUCGACGGUAUCAUCCGUGACGCCGCUUGAUGAUUCCGGUAUGCAGCAAAUGGUGAUGACGGGAGAGAUGGCUUCGAUUGUGAUGGGAGGCGGUGGAAUUGGACUUGGUGCCGGGCAGCAGUUAAUGGAAGAGUUUGAGGUGUAUCCGUUGGAAGAUUUCAACGAUGGGCUGUUGUGCAAUGAUUUGAACACGAUCGAUGGGUUGUUUCACGAUGAUAUCACUUUGCUGAGUCAGCCGCUGAGCCAACAGUCGCCGAACUUGAGUGGUGACAGUGCCAUCAUUCUGUCGCCCAGUCUGCCCCAACAGAUCCUUGGUCGUUCGUCCAAUCAGAGCCUUUCUUCCGGUGGGUUAACCAUUCUGGCGGGUGAAAAUACGGUCGGCAGCGUUGGAAGUAACAGUGUAUCGUCGGGCUUCGGUCCAGCUUCCGGUGGUGGUAUGCAGCUGCUCACGAACGAUCCAAUGGUGGCGGCUAACUACACCAACACGAACAGCAACAAUAGUAUGUUGUACGACGAGCAGACACGCAUUUCCUCGUCACCGUUUGAGCUGUACACGAAGCAGGAACCGGGCAGUGCGGUACAGUCCCCGCUGGCCUUUUCACCUAGCAGUCACGGUUCCAGCCCGUCUAUUUCCGAGGGUGGCCAUCUGAUGGUACCACCACAGUCAGGAGGUGCGAAGAAUUUACUCCAGCAACAGUUGCAAACCACGUUCAACAACAACAAUACGCUGUACAACGGCGGCUCCAGCACGAUCAGUGCUGGAAAGUUGAUCAAGAGUGGCGGUCCCACAUCGCCCGGGAACAAUAACAACGAAUCCGCAAAGAAUCAGAACAUUGGAGGAAGUAACUCAGGACUCGAUGGCACAGCAAUGCAACAGCAGCAACAACAGCAGAUGCCGAUGCGCGCCUCUCGGCGUGGUUUUAACUUUAGCCGGAACAGUGGCAAUGUCGGUCAGGUGCAGCAUAAUCCGAAGUAUUCCACACUGCAGCAGCUGCUGAUGAGCAACACCUCGGAAAGGUUGGGUAGUGGUGGCAGUCUGGUGCUGGGACAGUCGGUCCCUGCCGGCAGCAGUUCUUCGGGAUUGCUUUCCGGUGCGGCACUCAGUCCCGGUGGUGGAAGCUACUCCGGUCGUCGUAUGCUGCAGGCUCAGCUGGCAGCGGGGGGCACUACUGCGGCCGUAUCGGUGGGUUCGAUGGCUGGUACAUCCGGUACGUCCAUGUCGCGACUUUCCUCGUCCGCUCCGACACACAUUUCCGCAUUCGAGCAGAUGUGGCAGCGCCGUGAACCGCGUCCGCAUCUACUGUCGACGGGUAGUUUGGCAGAGGCCGGAUCAACCUCUUCGCUUAGCACGGGAAGCAUCCUGAGCCCGGAAGCUCCCGAUUUCUCGCACGAUGAAGGAUACUCAGACGAUAGCGAUCACUAUGAGGAUUAUUCGAGCGGUGAAGACUCCGACAGUGAGGAUACUGGCAAGGUUUCGUCGAGUGCCAGCAGCAAGGCAAAGCGCUAUUUCUGGCAGUACAAUGUGCAGGCAAAGGGACCGAAAGGGCAACGGUUGGUCAUCAAGACACAGGUGGAGGAUCCACACGUGCUGAACGCGGUCACCGAUCCAGUCUUCAGUCCGCACUGCUCCGUUCGUGGCAUCAAGAAUCUUCGUUUACAGCACAGCGGUAAGGCACGGAAGGGUGACGGUAACGAUCUGACCCCGAACCCACGCAAGCUGCACAACAUCGGCAAGGAGCUGGAUAAGCUGGGCCGGGUCAUUAACGAUAUGAAGCCGGUGAGCGAGCUACCGUUUAACGCACGGCCAAAGACGCGCAAGGAGAAGAACAAGCUGGCAUCGCGGGCCUGCCGGUUGAAGAAAAAGGCCCAACACGAGGCGAACAAGAUCAAGCUUUACGGGCUGGAGACAGAACACAAACGUCUCAUGAAUGGUAUAUUGCAUCUGAAACAGAUCUUAGUGUCCAAGUGUAGCGGGAAUGCGGGAACGGCGGCUGAGAAUCCGGAAGAGUACAAACAGCAAUUGGAUACUUUGGUGCAAACAUCAUCCAAGAUAAAAAUUGCUGGUAACUCGACUGAAUUCGUAAACAAAAUGCUCGAGAACGUGCGGACGGGCAACAACACCAGCAUAGAUACGGUGUUGGAGCAUUUCUAGAUCGUUGGACAUGUUUC